UUCUUCCAUCUCCGUCAAUUUCUUUUCUUUUUUAUGAAAGAUGCACACAGCUUAAUCCCCUUCUAUUCUUGAAUUUCUUCAUUUUUAUCUUGUUGCUUAAUCUGUCUCCUUCCUCUCGUACGCAAACCCAUCAUUGGUUCUGGGUUUGUGUUCGAUAUAAGCCAAUUUCUACUUGCUUUUAUUCUUCUUUCCUCCAGAUUUCAGGUUUUUAGAGAAGAUUUGGUUCUGUUACUGUUUGUGAAAAUGUUUGGGUUUCGGAAAGUAGCCCCGAAGGAGGAAAAUUCUGCAGUCUCAGUAUCUUCCACUCCUGAGACAACCCUUACGCCAGAAAGAAGAACAACCUCAGAACCUGUCCUACCAGCACCAAAAUCAAAAGGAAAUUACUUCGAUGAUGAUGACGACGAUGACGAUUGGGGAAGAGGAAGAAAGGCUUCUGCCACUUCAUCAUCUUCCUCGGCUGCUGCUAAAAACAGGUACAAGAAUAAUUUCCAGGACUCUGGGGGCCUCGAGAACCAGAGUGUCCAAGAGCUGGAAAACUAUGCUGUAUACAAGUCCGAAGAGACGACAAAGGAUGUUAACAAUUGUCUGAGGAUAGCUGAGGACAUAAAAGGGGAUGCUACAAGGACCCUUGAGAUGUUGCAUGAGCAGGGUGAUCAAAUCACCAGGACCCACAAUAUGAUUGUUGAUACUGAGAAGGAUUUGAGUCGGGGUGAAAAACUGUUAAACAAUCUUGGAGGCAUGUUCUCUAUGCCCUGGAGGCCAAAGAAGAACAAGGAGAUUAAAGGCCCUGUAAUUACACCAGACAAGCCGUCCAAGACCGAUGAUAAGAAGCAAAAGGAAGAGAGGGAAAAGUUAGGCCUAACUGAUAAAGGAAAGGCAGCUUCUAAAACACCUUCAGAACCAACAAAUGCCUAUCAGAAAAUUGAGUUAGAGAAGAACAAACAAGAUGAAGCUCUCGAUGAUCUGAGUAAUAUCUUGGGCGAUUUAAAGGGUAUAGCAUUUGAAAUGGGAUCUGAACUUGACAGGCAAAAUAAAGCUCUUGAUCAUCUUAGUGAUGAUGUGGAUGAACUGAAUUCUCGAGUCAAAGGUGCUAACCAGCGUGCUCGCAAACUGCUAGCAAGUUAGCAUAUUUUGAAGAAGCUAUUGAAAUCUCCUUUUCCAUUUUCUCUUGUAAUGGUGUUUUUUGAUUUUUUUUUUUUCCUUGCUAUUGAUUGUAAUUUGUCUUUGAUAUUAAAUUUGCUGCCCCCCUCCAGAUUUUUUUUGGGUACAACUGAACGUAUUUUCACCCUCUCUUUUUUGGAGUCAUGCGAGCCGUCCUCUCAAUUAAGAUGUGCAUCUAUCUACUUAUGUACAAAAUAUCUUAUAGCAAAUUGCUCUGUUCCAAAUUCACAAAUAACAUGAUUUGUUUCUUACAUUUCAUUA